AUUGUUCCUCUCUGUCACUCUCUAUCUUCGCCGGAGAUACCUGUUUUUCUUUCCCCGGAGGAAAUUCUGUGGAGCAACUCUCAUAGUUUGAAUCAUGUCUAGGCCUGCUCAGCUUCCUCCUCGUUGCCCCAUUCAAAGAAACUAUUCCAGGCUUGAGGAUCAACCUGCUUGGCUUGAUGAGUUGCUCGGUGAGAAAACAGAUGGGUUGCUCACUGGAGGAGGUCCUUUGCGCCGCUCAGCUAGCGACUCAAUUGUGCUUUUGGGAGACAUCUCUGCUCAUUUUUCUGGUUUUAAUCAAAGUGAAGAUGAAGAAAGUUUGAGUUCUGAAGCUUGUGGGGACUUAGAGUCAGCUUGUGUAUAUGGUCCCAACUCGCCAAGAGCAAAGAACAACUCUAGCUUCUCUAACAACCCUAUUGCUUCAGCCUUUUCGGAUUAUGGUUCUCAGAACUUGGAUGAUACGGUGAAAGGGAUCACCUGUUCACCUGUGGCUGAAAGUGCCUGUGGUUCAAUGGGAAUACCAAAUGCCAAAAGAUAUAUGUGUGUCCACAAGGAUGAACCGGGACAGCGUUCAAGAGUUCGUAAGCUCCAGUACAUUGCUGAACUUGAGAGGACGGUAGGCAUGUUGCAGACGGUGGAGGCGGAUUUAUCAGUGAGAGUGGCUUCACUUCUUCAGACACGAGCAACACUGUCCCUCGAGAACAGCCAGUUGAAGCAGCAGAUGGCGAUACUAAAACAGGACAAGCUCAUAAGAGAAGGUGAGUAUCAGUUACUGAAGAAGGAAGCUCAGAGAUUGAAAUCUGGAUUGGGAUACUUAGGGAGCAAUAACAACAAUAACAGGCUGGUGAGGUCAUAUUCUGCUGGUUCAAAUGUAGCUCCAAGGACAGCUUCGUCCCACUUGGACUGGAAUUUGCUAGAUCUGACCAAACUCAAUCUCAACUAAAGUCUAAAGACAAAACCCUCCAUAAGAAUAAGUAGCUUAAGUAAUU